UGUUUACCAUAAAUGGAAAAGUGUGUUCGAGUUUGUCCCCGACCGCACAUACACAACCACCGCUCCUCCUAGCCAUUUAUCGCAUCAUAGUCUAAAGCCUGUUCAUUCUCAUCCUUUCUAUUUCGUGUUUCUGGUUAAAUUAAAUGGCACAGACCGUACAGAAGCGCAAAAGACCGACCGGUGCCACACAAGAGGAUGGUUCAGACGAACCUGGGCCUUCCAAGCGGCCCAAACACCCAACAGCGCGUAAGAGCACCGGUCGGGAGAAACCCGCCCCGGCUUCUGCUAAGGGUGGUAAAAUACGAGCCUCGAACGCAGGCGUGGAGGACGAGCAGGAUCAACAGCGGAAGAAACGCCGGUAUCGCCCCGGUACUCUCGCAUUACGCGAAAUACGAAAGUAUCAGCGGAGCACAGACUUGCUGUUGCGCAGGCUUCCUUUUUCGCGGGUGGUACGUGAAAUCGCGAUGGAUAUGAUGACAGACACGAACUACGAGAGAGGGGAGACUGGGCUAAGGUGGCAGAGCUCAGCAAUCAUGGCUUUACAAGAAGCUACUGAGGCGUUCCUGGUUCAUCUGUUUGAGGACGCCAAUUUGUGCGCGAUACACGCCAAACGCGUAACAAUCAUGCAGCGCGACAUUCAGCUUGCUCGAAGAAUAAGGGGACCAUGGGGUGGUUUGGGGUAGGUGUUGAUUGUAGACAUUUAUACGAUUAUUUGCGUCCACUAUGAUCACGAAGGCAUUUAAGUUUAUGUAUCGCACUCAUUAUAAUGACAAGCAUUUCCUAC